UCUGUACCAUACCGGUACCGUACGUACUGUAUACAGGCUAGGCCAACAUGUAGCCUGCAUGGUGCGGAAAUGUGUGUGUGUAUUAAGCGCGGAAACACCGACGAAAUCGAAACCGCAGGCAAGAUAAAACAUAUGACUAAUUUCAGAUCAGUGGAAUGACAGUUGACGAUAAGUGGACAUUUGGAUGAAGAAAUCUAAGGAUAUUAUCACAAAUCACUUCUGAAAACCACGAUGGACACAGGCAACGUACGGGAGUGGAGCGUAGACGAUGUAGCCAAUUGGCUUCGUCAGGAGAAGUUUGCAUCCUAUGCAGCCAACUUUCUCAGGUACAGGAUCGAUGGAAUCGCCCUGUGUGAUCUACAAAAGGACAGGUUUGAUACCCUGACACGGUCAUCUAUGGGGAGAGACGAUAGAGCAAGUAUGCUAUGGAAGAAUAUCAAUAUCAUCAAGCGAGCCAAGAGCAGGAACGCUAACUCCAAUGUCAAUAAAAAUAACAGGAAACCACCCCCUCAGAAUUUGGGACCCCCAGAGCCUCCUCAAAGGGACUAUCGAACAGAUGAUUAUCCCCAAGAACAAGUUGGUGUUGAGGAAGAGACGUACGAAGUAUUCCACGAAGAUGAAAGUGCACAACACAUAGAGGAAGAAUAUGAAGAUACGGAAGACGAUAAUAUAGAUUGUUUCACAGAUGAUGAAGAAGAAGUAGAAAGUGAUAAUGGAGAGUACUUAGAUCCGACCGAGGAUAUCCCUAGAGGUCCACCACAGGUUCCUUCUAGACCUACCGAUCUUAACGCAUCUUGGGGACAGCCAGCAAGAGCAAAUCCCCUUACUGAGUUGCAAAAGGGCCUCAUGCGUAGAAUGAGUGAGAGGGCUGUCAGUAAAAUACCUCGCACCCCUGUCAGUCAAGAUCAGAAGAGAAACACUAUGCCUGCAUAUGACACUGAACAUGACAGUGACCUCUACUUGGCCCCUGCAGGUAGUUUCAUUUCUUAUUUGUUUAACUGCUGGAAUUAACCAUUUUUUGUCUCG